AUGAGUCAUCCUGACCACAGGCUGAACCUCCAGUCCCUGGGGACACCCAGAGGUGUGUCCUCUGUGGCCAGCCCACAUGGUGUUGGUGCUUCGCCAGGUGACAGAAAGUCAAAGAACAAGCCCAUGCGAGGGAAGAAAAAGAGCAUCUUUGAAACCUACAUGCUCAAAGAGGAUGUCUCAGAAGGCCUGAAGAGAGGAACACUUAUUCAGGGUGUAUUGAGAAUUAAUCCAAAGAAGUUUCAUGAAGCCUUCAUUCCUUCGCCGGAUGGUGAUAGAGACAUUUUUAUUGAUGGCGUUGUAGCACGUAAUCGAGCCUUGAAUGGGGACCUGGUGGUGGUGAAACUGCUUCCCGAGGAGCAGUGGAAGGUAAUUAAGCCGGAGAGCAAUGACAAAGAGACUGACACUGCCAAUGAGUCAGAUAUCCCCGAGGAGCUCUGCAGACGCCGUCCCCUGCCCCUGUCCCCAAAAGGCUGCGAUGAUAGUCCUGAUGUCAUCAUAGAGGCUCAGUUCGAUGGUAGUGAUGUGGAAGAUGGACAUAGCAACACACAAAGUGUGGUUAUUGAUGGCAUUCAGAAACUCUCUGUUUGUGUUCCUGAAAAAGGAAGAGAGGAUGCUGGAGCAUCAGAAACCAAGGAAGAGAAUGCCCUCACUUCCCAAGACCCGAGAGCUUUCAUAGACAAGGCACUGCAGAAAUCAGCAAAGGUGGUUUACAUCUUGGAGAAAAAGCAUUCCCGGGCAGCCACGGGCCUCCUCAAGCUCUUGGCUGACAAGAACAGUGAGCUGUUUAGGAAAUAUGCCCUGUUUUCCCCCUUGGACCAUCGAGUGCCUAGAAUUUAUGUGCCUCUCAAGGACUGCCCCCAAGACUUUGUGACCCGGCCUAAAGAUUACGCCAACACGUUGUUCAUCGGCCGCAUCGUGGACUGGAAGGAGGACAGCAAUUUUGCCCUGGGGCAGCUGGCAAAGAGUCUUGGACAGGCGGGUGAAAUUGAGCCUGAAACAGAAGGAAUACUAACAGAGUAUGGCGUGGAUUUCUCUGAUUUCUCUUCAGAAGUUCUAAACUGUCUCCCUCAGAAUCUGCCAUGGACAAUUCCACAUGAGGAAUUCAGCAAGAGAAGAGAUUUAAGAGAAGACUGCAUCUUCACCAUUGACCCACCCACGGCCCGAGACCUCGACGACGCCAUCUCCUGCAAGCCACUCGCUGAUGGCAACUUUGAAGUGGGCGUACACAUCACUGAUGUGAGUUACUUCAUCCCCGAGGGUUCGGAUCUGGACCAAGUGGCUGCAGAGAGAGCCACCAGCGUCUACCUGGUGCAGAAGGUGAUCCCCAUGCUCCCCAGGCUGUUGUGUGAGGAGCUGUGCAGCCUCAAUCCCAUGACCGACAAGCUGACCUUCUCUGUGAUCUGGACGCUGACUCCAGAGGGCAAGAUCCUCGAUGAAUGGUUUGGCCGGACCAUCAUCCGCUCCUGUACCAAACUGAGCUAUGAGCACGCACAGAGCAUGAUUGAAAGUCCUUCUGAGCCAGUCCCUGCAGAGGCACUGCCCCCCAUCUCCGCAGAGCAUACCAGCCAGGAGGUGCACCAGGCUGUGUUGAACCUCCACAGAAUCGCAAAGGAGCUCCGCAGACAGCGCUUUGUGGGCGGGGCGCUGCGACUGGAUCAGCUAAAGCUCGCUUUCAUUCUGGACCACGAGACUGGACUGCCUCAAGGAUGUCAUGUUUACGAGUACCGGGACAGCAACAAGCUCAUAGAAGAGCUGAUGAUCCUGGCCAACACAGCAGUGGCCCACAAGAUUCACCGCACCUUCCCCGAGCGGGCUCUGCUGCGCCGGCACCCCCCACCCCAGACAAGGAUGCUCCACGACCUGGUAGAAUUCUGCAACCAGAUGGGGCUGCCCAUGGACUUCAGCUCCGCUGGGGCCCUCAACGAAAGUCUGACCAAGACGUUUGGAAAUGACAUGUACUCACUGGCCCGCAAGGAGGUGCUCACCAACAUGUGCUCUCGGCCCAUGCAGAUGGCGCUGUAUUUCUGCUCUGGAGUGCUGCAGGACCAAGCCCAGUUCUGGCACUACGCCCUCAACAUGCCGCUCUACACCCACUUCACCUCCCCCAUCCGCCGGUUCCCUGAUGUCCUGGUGCACCGCCUGUUGGCCGCCGCGCUAGGCUACGGGGCAUUGCCAGAUUUGGAGCCUGACGCCAUGCAGAAGCAGGCUGACCACUGCAAUGACCGCCGUAUAGCAUCCAAGCGCGUGCAGGAGCUCAGCACCAACCUCUUCUUCGCUGUCCUGGUCAAGGAGAGUGGCCCCUUGCUAUCAGAAGCCAUGGUGAUGGGCGUCCUCAACCAAGCCUUCGACGUGCUGGUGCUACGCUACGGGGUGCAGAAACGCAUCUACUGUAACGCCCUGCCCCUGCAGGCCCACCACUUCCAGAAGGUGGGCAAGAAGCCAGAGCUCACGCUCAUCUGGGAGCCCCAGGACAUCGGAGAGCAGCCAGUGCGCCAGGUCAUCACCAUCUUCAGCCUGGUGGAGGUGGUACUGCAGGCCGAGACCACCACCCUCAAGUACAGCGCCAUCCUGAAGCAUCCAGACAGCCAGGGGGGCGGCCUGGGCCCCGAGCAAGAGGAGGGGUCCGACACGGAGGACAAGCAGGACUGA